AUGACAACUCAAACUGUAAAGCCUAUUUGCGAUCCUAACAAGAAAACAACGGUAGACAAUGAAGAAACAUAUUCUUACUCGCGGACGAAUUGUAUGAAGAAAUGUCUUUCAGACGAAAUAAUUCGUCAAUGUAAUUGUGCGGGAACACAGUUCUUUCUUGAUAUGAAAACGUGUUCAGCACACAACGAGACUGAAGCCCCGCGACUUUGGCAACUUAUUCAUAUUUGUCUAGCUCGAUGCAUUAAACGCCUUGAAAGUCUAGCACGAAAAAACAAGUUGUCAUGUUAUUGUCCAUUGGCUUGCAGAACAACAAUCUAUCAUCCUGUAUUAUCUUCAGCUGUAUGGCCUGCUGAAAAAUACUUGUCUUCCUUGCUAGAAGAACUUUUCAGAGUACGACAUAAAGUAGUUGAUUUGUUCGAGAACAUAUCAAAUGUAAAUCAGUAUUUUAGGAAAAACUUCUUGAGGAUCAAUAUAUUUUUCCAAGAGUUACAAGAACAGGAGACAUUGCAGCGUCGCUCGUAUGGGAUAGGAAGUCUAUUAUCAGACAUAGGUGGUCAGUUGGGUCUAUGGGUUGGAGUUUCAGUUGUAACACUGGUGGACUUCAGUGAAAGCCUUUCAAUGUUCAUACAAGCUAUUUAUCUACGGUUAAAGGGAAAAAAUCGCAACGGCAGUAUUUUCAUGCUAUCUCGAGCAGAACAUCGUUCAAACAACAGAGAGCAUCAAUUGAAUAGGAAAAAGGACUGUGUUUUGGUUUCACCACAAACCUCAUCUGAUACCAUGUCUCCAACUGUUGAUUCAACUGACAGUAUAACUAUUUAUACAUCACCGUAUGUAGGUAAACACCGGAAGAAAUAAGAAUUCAACAAAUAGACAAAAUACUAAUUUCUCUUAUAUGACAGUGUUCAUGAAGAAUGAACUCGUGUAAAACAUGAAAAUAAAAGUAUCUGAAGCCAGUCUAAAA